UCGUGUGCAUUGCGUGUUGUAAACGCUGAGCAUCUUUACCUUUUCAAAUUUUCUUCAGAAAGAACAUCACUAUGCAAUUAACCUACCAUUCUUUGCAGAUUAUUGCCGCUGGAAUUCUUUUAGUUGUAGCGAAACCAUCAGCAGCCAGCAAUGAUGUCCAGCGUGGUGCUUGCCCAGAAGAUUAUUCUCCAUGUUCGUGCAAUCUGAGUUCCAAUGGGCUAGAAAUCGUUUGUGCUGACGUAUCCAUCGGGGACAUCCAGGACGUCUUUUAUCGCACUCAAAGUCUCUUUCUUUAUUCCGUGUCAUUGACGGCCACCUCCUCUUCGGGCACGGUCAUUUUGCCUGCCGAUGUUCUGAAAGACAAACGAGCUCAACACAUUUAUCUGGGCUGUCCAUCAAUUUCACCCAAACUCAGUUUAGUUAUCAAUGCAGCCUCAUUUGAAUUUACUCGGUUCAACACGAGUAUCUUUGAAAUUCACGACUGCGAUCUUUCAACUCAAGCGGACAUGAAUUUCUUAAAAGGUUUCGUAGUUCUCCAUACAUUGCGCAUUGUAAACACAUGGAAUGUUGAGGCCAUUGAGAACCUUCCUACUACGACCUUACCCGGCAUCAAGGAAUUGACCAUUUCAAGUUGCACCGGAUUAGGAAAUGUUCCCUUUCCCGACUUGACUCCGGCCAGAUUAGAAUGGCUGUAUCUGGACGGCAACAACUUGAACGAUGUUCAAGUCAAUAACAUUUUAAUUUCCAUUGGCAGUUCUUCAUCGUCCAGUUCAAUGGAACACCUGUCUAUAGCGAACAAUGCGCUGAACAAAGUGCCGAGGAUCGCCGCUUUCUCACAAUUGGUUACGUACGAUGUGUCCUACAACGACAUCCCAUACAUGAGCCUAUCGACGUUGAUUUUCAGCUCUCCCGUCCGCUUCCUCGGCCUUAAAAGUGUUUCUAUGACAGCCAUUGAAGGUGGUGCUUUUCAAGGCAACUACACGUACGCCCAGGUGAACUUGGAAGACAACCAAUUGACUGCGUUUAGAGAAGACGUAUUCAAAUCGAUGCUGCAACAGAUGACGGUUCAACCACCUGCUGUAGGAGGCCAACUCAUCGUUACUGGAAAUCCAUUCGACUGUGACUGCGGACUAGCCUGGCUAAUACGCGACAAUCAACCUCUUGUCCCUAGCGUCAAAAACGGAGUCUGUGGCGGAUUCUUUAGAUUUGAAGACCUCAAUCCCGAUGCUUACGCAAACUGUUAGAAAAAUAACGUUGAUCCAUGUUUUUUAUAUUUCUAUUAAUCCCGGGAGUGAGGCAGGACGUGCGUGUAUUUGGAUAUACAUCUUUAUCCUUAUUAAUCAUUUUAAAGGAAAUUCAACAACGAAUUUGACUUCUCUUGGGCUUGUUACGUUGGUUCCAGGUAGUUUUGGAUGUAGUACUGCCAUCGGUGUUUUGUUCCACGCUUGAGGCCGGUCCCAAACUCUGCCAAUUGUUUGGCAGUUCUAUCGUCGUUCCUCUCCAAUGAAACUUCGACGUUCCAUCCAAUCGUCUUGUCCUAACACACGUCACUUGCCAUCCCGACUCUCCUGUUUACACGAUUUCAAAUCCCUUCUUCACCGAGAAGAAAGCCAAGAGCAAGAGACAGCAGAUCCCGACCUUCUUAAUAGUCAUAUUUCAAAGAAUAAAACACAAUGUGGGUUAGCAAACCAAGCUGAAGAAGGCAGAAUUGUUGGACUUCGACAACUGGUAACGAAAGUCUACCCAACGCUGAUUUUAUAUACCUACGGAUAGCCUUCUGUUAUGGAACGCACGGCCCCUUUUUCAUCCGGGAGUUAACCGCCCAUCCGCACCAUUGCAACAGCCCCUAUCAAGAACGGAGGAUGGAAAAAGAUAUUCAACGGACGAGUGGUAGCAGUUGGUAACGAAUUUCCACAUCCAGAAGAGGUGGCGGAAAUUUCUUAGAAAUCCAAGCACUGCACUUUUAUUGCCACAUGAUUUUUCAUCUUAUCUCGGGUAUCACUUAAGAACCUAACUGGGCUACGCAACCGUUUGAAGACGAAGAUUUUUUUUUUAGCAAACUCUACUUACAUUCUCGACUAUGGAUCUGAAAGAUACAUCGAAAUUUACUUUGGUCUGGCGCAUCGCCCCUCACGAACAAAGACAAAGCUGCCACGACGCGUAUCUCCGACGUAGCUACUAAAUAUACUACGUCCACGUCUGGUUCAUAUGUGUACACACACACAACAUAGGGAAUGUAGCACAUUCAGUUCAUCGCUUUAGGUCGCACAAACUGAACUUCAUAUAGCUUUAGAAAAAGAAAUAGUGCCACUACUGAAGGUCUAUUCCAUAAGUUUCAUUCACAAACACACUGUGUGUUUCCCUGACGCUAGUCUUUAGCUCUACUGACCAAUUUCGUUAUCUCUAUCGCAGUCCACGUGAGGUGGCAGAAACGGAUGCAGGUGUUACAGUUGGUGUACAGGUUCAUAACACUGGGAAACGUGGCUUGGUUUUCACUCUAGGAAUUUCUAAAUGGUUCUUUGCCAACCUGUUUUGAAAAAUCCAGGACUUAGCGAGUUGUACGUGACUACAAGUCGAUUGGUUUCCACCCCAUGAAACACAUGUGCUGCACUAGCUGACUAACACCCAACAGGACGCACUAGUUUUACAACAAAAAAAAAUAUCAUUCCUAACUACGUAAUGACAAAUGGCAUUGAGAAUUAUCUGUACGUGUCAGCAUAUGUGAAUGGCGUGAGGUAAUCGCGUUUGUCACUGGAGCUUUUCAGCUGUGGGUACAAAAUAGCUUGUUUUGGACGUCGUUUUGUCAAUCUACAUAAGUCUCGAUUUAUGAAAAAUUGGAGCUGCUUCUUUUCUCGUCACUAUGAAAUGCCUGGUGAGUUUGAUUUUCUUGACUGUCAUCGUGGUUGUCGUUCAGUCCCACGCAUCUUCUGACGUCGGCGCACAAAGGCUUGGUCGGGCUGACAGCACCCCAAAGGGAUCGACGCCCAAAGGCGUGAAAGAUUCAACCCCCUACAGGUACACAAAAAACGACAUCAUCCGGAAUGAAAGGAUCGCCGCUUAACGUAUCGAAAGGCUCUGAAAUAAAAGGAUCAACUCUGAAGGGCGUCAAAGGAUCGACACCGUUUCUUGAAAUAAAAGGAUCUACAGCGUUUCCUGAAAUGAAAGGAUCUACCGCAAAGGGAUCCAAAGGAUCGACAACGCCCGGAAUAAAAGGCUCAACCACUAGCAGACCCCUAGGAUCGACAACGUCCGGAGUAGAUGAAUCAACAAUGUCAGAUGUUACAGAUACCUACAGCGGCUUUUUUUCGUUAAUUUCCCAACGAAAUGAAUCUUUCCUUUUCUUUUAUCCCAUCUAAAAUUGUCUUGACUAUACGAAGACAUGUUUGAAAAACACCCUCUCUUUUGCGGUUUUCCUAAGGUUGCAUUGGAGUAUUCUAUUUGGCUUAAUUGGUGUCACUUAAUUGAUGUUUUCAUGAAUACAUUCAUUAGCUGGUUCAA